UCGAUUGUAUAACGCUACCAAAGGUGUGUUGUGGUUUAAGAAGUAGGUGGGAUAGAGUCAAACUUGAGGCUCGUAUCCAUUUUCUUCGACCAACCUGUUUGGUAUUGACCAUAAGCGAACUCAGUCCGCGCGCUGUUCGCUGUAAAAGUUUUAAAUCCGGGCGGUCCGGUGUCGAGUGUUUAAAAGUUAAAUGUUCAAAUUAUAGACUGUUAUCAGCGCCAAAAUGACAUUCAGAAGAUACUUCAUCCUUCUAACACUGUCAGUCCUCGGAAUCUCAGCUCAGUACAACACACCCCCAUCAUCCGAUCGAGAUCGUACCGAUCAGCCAUACGAUCGACAAAAUUCCCAAUACGACCGAUCACAACAGCCAUACGACCGUGAUCGUCAAAACCAAUACGAUCGCCAAAAUCAGCCAUACGGUCCACCUUAUGAUCGUCAAAAUCAAUAUGGGCAAUACGACCGCAAUAACCCUCCCUACGAUCGAAACCAAUACAACCAGUCGCAAUACGGUCGAUACAAUCAAAGUCAGUAUGGGCCGCAAGGUCCGCCAUAUGACAGUCGAGAUCCGUACAAUCGUGAUCAAUAUAAUCGCGAUCGGUUUGAUAAUCGUGACCACUAUAACGUAGGAAACCGUGAUCAGUAUGACAGAAAUCGUGAUCAGUAUGACAAAAAUCGGGACCAGUAUGACAGAAACCGGGAUCCGAAUGAUAGAAAUCGCGAUCAGUAUGGAAAUAGAGAUCAGUAUGGUAAUCGUGAUCAGUAUGGCAAUCGUGAUCAGUAUGGUAACCGCGAUCAGUAUGGUAAUCGCGAUCAGUAUGGAAACAAUAGGGAUCAGUAUGGAGGCAAUCGAGAUCCGAAUGAUAGAAACAGGGAUCAGUACUACAGUGGGAAUCGAGAUAGUGAAUUUGGUCAGUAUGGUAGUCCAAUUUCUGGUACUAAUGACGACUGCUGUCAAGAAUACUGUUACGUCAAAGACGAACAACCUUAUUCAAAUUUUGCAACGAAAACCCCAUAUCAGAUUGUGUUUGGAAAGGCUUCGAAUCAACACACGAUACCAGAUUGUACACCUAUUCAAUUCUGGAGCAUCAAUCGACAUGGAACGCGCUAUCCUAAGGCCGAGACCAUCCAGAGAUUGAGGCAGUUAAACAAAAUUCAUGCCGAAGUUAUUAGAAAUUACGACGAAAAGAGAUCCUUCCCUGACAGAGGUCGCUUCUGUCCGGAAGAUCUGGACCUAUUUAGAAGAUGGCGCUGGAAUGAGACAGUCAACGAACGCAACGCCAACGGUCUCACCAGUCAAGGAAUAAUGGAUUUAAAAUACUUGGCGCGUCGAUAUGCGUCGAGAUUUGAAGAGUUAAUGCGAGAACCCUACUCCGAGAACCUUUAUAGUUUUCAAUAUACGGACAGCGACAGGACUCAUGAUAGUUACCAGGCGUACAUUGAGGGUUUAUUUAAGGAAAAAGCUUAUCAGGUUCAUGCCAACGUGUUCAAUAAUGAUAGGUUAAUCACGCCUACGAAGUCGUGUAGAGCGUGGAUAAGACAGGUGGCGGAAAAUUCUCAAACAAUGGAUCAGUAUAGGAGAUUUAAGCGCAAGCAGGAAUAUCAGCAGAUGGCCAGAGAUGUAUUUCGAAGAUUAGGUUUCAGAUACACGCUCAAUGAAUCCGUACUUGACGAUAUGUACGACCUCUGUCGCUUCGAAAAAGCUUGGAAUCUGGGCCAGCCAUCUCCUUGGUGCAUAGUUUUUAACAAAGAACAACUGAAACUGUUAGAGUACGCUGAAGAUCUCAAAUAUUAUUACAAAGCUGGCUAUGGCAACGACAUCAAUAGACAAAUAGGAUGCCCACCUCUUAAAGAUCUCUACGAAAAAUUCGAACGAACCGUUAAUGCUGGCGGAUCCAAUGUUCAAAACAAAGUUACAGUAUUCUUCACACAUUCUAUUACAAUACAAACGUUUUUGACUGCAAUGGGAAUAGGUAAAGACUACCAACCUCUUACAGCUGAUAACUACUUUCAACAACAGCGGCGUCAGUGGCGUACAUCAACCCUCGAUCCCUUUGCUUCGAAUUUAGCAGCAGUCUUAUAUCAAUGCCGCAGCAAUGAGCGUUUCCGUGUCAUGUUUUUCCUCAACGAGGUUCCAGUGAACUACCCAGAUUGUUCCGUGGGUCUCUGCAAUUGGAGUACAGUCCAAGCUAAGUUACGAAGUGCCGCAGAAAACUGCAACUUAGAAUUCUGCGACCGCAGUGCAUCAGGAAAUUUGCAACACAAUUACGUUAUUUACUUGAUAGGUCUCAUCGCCAUUUUCAUUAAUUAUAGACUUUAGGUUUAGUGCGUAAAUUAGUACAAAGUUACUGAAAUUGAUCUUUGUUACUUAUUUUUAUAUUUUAUCGUUGAUACCGUACUGUACAAAACUGGAUUGACAGAGCCGCCAUGUUUUUUUGUCUUUUUGUAUUGAUGCACCCGUGCCAGUUGUGUUAGUGAUGCGGUUUCUGAUUGCUAGCUGUAAAAGUGAUGAUUUUAAUAAAAUUUUGAUGACGUUUUU